AUGACAGCGGCGUCAUGCUACUGGGCGUACGACCGCCACUUGUGCCACCUCAACGUCCAACUCCACGUCAUUCUCCGCCGGCGCCCCAGCCGCACUUGGAAGCCCGUCGACGUCCAUGUUUUCAAGCUGCUGCAAGGAGGCGGCUGUACUGCUUACUAUUGGGAACAAGCGUGGAGUCUGGAUGGCCAUGCUGUGUUCCUUGGAGAUCACGAAUCUUUCUCGAUCCGAUCUUGUGCUGGUGGUGACGAUGGGGUUAGAGGCGACCACAUCUAUUUCGCUUCUGGCGACGUCUUCGAUCUUGUUAGUCAAAAUCUCCAGAGCUUCAUUGCUGGUCAUUGGGAUAGGAGCUACAGGGCGGAAAGACCCUUUUGGUUCCUUCCUAUGAUAUGGGAUAUUUCCAAGCUACACAACAAACAUCAUCCUAGGAAGAAGAAGAAGAAGAAGAAGAAGAAGAAGAAGAAGAAGAUGACGGCUUGGGAAAGGGAGCGCCUACUUGGAACCUCAGCUAAUUACGACGGCUGCGAUGGAACACUACUUCCCGUGGGAUCUGAGUGCUGCUGGACGCUACCGAAGAGAGCCAUCAGGAAUUAUGAGCAUCAUGAUGAUAAUACGAUCACCCGCACCAACAGAUUUGAAGCUCUAUUACAGGAUGAUGAUGACGAUGAACAAGUAGUCGAGGAAGAUUAA